CUGUGGGUGUUAAAAUUUUGCUAAUUUCUUCUAAAAAUCGUAUUAAAUCCUUUCACUUCAUUCAUUACAAUAAGCCUUCAUCAUGGCAGAUCGUCUUACACAACUGCAAGACACCAUUAACCAGCAAGCUGAGCACUUCUGCAACAGCAUAGGCAUAUUGCAGCAGUUCUCCACGCCUAGCAAGUUCCCUGGAUUUGACCGGAGUGGUUCGCAAACGCCUCAACAACAGCAGAAUCAGGAGGACUAUGCAGUGUUGUUUGCGACGCUCAUUUCGCGGUGUGCGAAGGAUAUUGACACGCUGAUCGAGUCGCUGCCGAGUGAGGAGAGCUCGGCAGAGCUGCAGGUGCAAAGCUUGAGGCGUUUGGAGGCGGAGAACAAGGAAGCUGCUGAGCAAUUGGAAGAAGUGGUCCGCCAAGGUGAGAUAUUGCUCGAAAAGAUCCAAGGAGCCCUGAGUGACAUCGCUCAAAGCCAGCUAGACAUGCAGAACCCAGCGCUAAUCCUAAAUAAAGACGUUAAGCCUCAGUUAUAGGGCUCGAAGAAGAGCGGUGGCCACCACCGUCGGUGAUCUGGUGAAAAGACUUUUUUUAAUAGAAUAAGUUGAUUAUUAAGUUAGUGAACCACUGGGUAUCGUUUUUGUGCAAUGGAGAAGCCAUAGACAAGUGAAAGACGGUUAAAAUUUACAACAGUGGGUAUCACUGUCCAUCAGUCUAGUUUUUGUAAUAAAAGCUGAAUGUUUAAUAAUGUAAUGUUUCUCUAGGUUUUCAUUUUAAAAGCAUAGUCUAUGGUUCAGACUGUAUAAAACUGUUUUCUUAUAUCCUGUCUCCAUAUUAUUGUGUUUAGGCAGAAGGAAUCUAACUUUUGGUUAUCAUCCUUUUAAUACAAAGAUUAUUUAUUAUUAUUCACAGAGAUAUUAUUAUAGUCUCUCAUUUAAAUGUUUAUCAUACUUUAAAAACUAAUAGAGCCUUACAGUAAUUUUGUUAAAAAUAAACCCUUUCUGUAACAUUAAAUAUCUCAUUGUACUGACUUUAUAUCUGCCUAAUUAAGUAUAAGUUUAGGAGGAUGUUUAUAGAUAUAACUUCUAUUGUUUUUUAUCCCUCAUCUCCAAGUUAUAGGUAUGAUUAUAUGGUAUUUAUUAAAAUAAGUUCUAA